AACUUCUCGGCCAAUAAAAUCGCAAUAACAAACUAAUUGUAUUCGUAUAUAAAGACGGACAAACAACGAAUUUGUCAUCAGUUAAAUUUUGCUCGACAACAGUAAAACAACUACCAAACAAUCAAAAUGUUCAAAUACUUCGCUCUCGUCUUCGUUGCGCUCUUCGCCUUCGCCGCUGCCGAGCCUAAACCCGCAGUGGUCGCAGCACCAUUGGCCUACUCAGCUCCUCUGGUUGCCUCCCCCUACGCCGCUGCCUAUGCUGCCCCAUAUGCCGCUUACGCUGCCGCUCCCUAUGCCGCCUACGCUUCACCCUACGCCGCCUACUCCGCUUACCCAUACAGCGCCGCCUAUGUGCUCCGCAAGUAAACGGAAUGUAGCGGUUGACCUGUGAUAGUACCGAAUUGGAUUUGAUUGGCAAUGAAAAGGAUAAAAUUUU